AUGGACCAACGAAUACGAGACUGGAAUAGCGACCCGCCGCCACGUGUGCUGGACACAAUUUUUGAGGCCGUAGCACGCCAGGCUGAAGACACGCCGCAUGCGCGCGCCGUAGAAGAUGGAGAUACUGCGUUGACGUUCCGGGAGUUUGUUUUAGCUGCGGCCCGUCUAGCGGAUAGGCUUCGAGCGCAGCGCAUCACGAAGGGGUCAAUGGUACUAUGCAGUCUUGCCAAGGAAGCCCGCUCCGCUGUCGCGAUGGCGGCGGUACUGCAACUCGGGGCAGUGGUGGUACCGCUCGAUGUUUCUCAACCAGCGGCGCGUUGUGAAGCAAUAUGGACGGCGACUGGAGCACAAGUUGGGCUGGUGACACCGGAACUAUUACCAGCGCUUGGGGUCCGAUUGCCGGACAUGAGGACCAUCGUGAUACCCGAAUGCAGCGAGCUCCUGAGCGUCCAGAAUGUCGAGAAUAUCGAGGGGUGCCAUGGUGAGUGCAGUGUGGACGCCGAGCCCAACGAGGCGGCGUUUGUCCUCUUCACCAGCGGCAGCACUGGCAUUCCCAAGGGCGUGGUUCUGGACCAUGUCGCAAUCUGCACGUCGGCCGCCUGUCACGCCCCAGAGCAGCGCAUCGCGCCGGGAUCCCGUAUCCUCCAGUUCUCCGACUUCGCCUUUGAUGUCAGCGUGUACGAUGUGUGGUCGACGCUCAUGCGCGGCGGCUGCGUGUGCUUCGAGCAGAAGUCGCGGUGUCUGGAUGACGUAGGCGCCGUGAUUCGUAAGCGCCGAAUCUCGUUUGCCGCCCUCCCGCCCGCUCUAAUUGUGACACUUCGACCCGCGGACGUGCCCGACCUCCAAGCGCUGACCAUCGUCGCUGAAGGCCCCACGCAAGAUCUCGUCGACACCUGGGCGCCAUGCGUGCAUCUUGUCAAUGGCUACGGCUCCACCGAGGCCUCGACGUGUGCUCCCGCGGUGCUGCAGCCGGGCCAGCGCGCGGCGUGGAUUGGAAAGACGAGCGGCGCCUGCUCGUGGAUCGUACAGCCAGACGACCCGAGCCAGCUCAGCGAUGUGGGUGUGGUGGGAGAGCUGCUGGUGGAGGGCCAUAUCAUGGCGCGCCGCUAUCUGGACAAUGUCGCCGAGACCAGCUGCAAGUUCAUUCACCCGCCUCCUGGUAGCCUGCGACCACACGCCCGGGCCUAUCUGACGGGAGACCUCGUGCGCUACUGUGACUCCCACGGUAACAUGGAGUACAUUGGCCGCAAGGCGCGAUUCCUCAAGUUGCACGGCAGGCGGCUCGACCCAAGCGAGAUUGAGUUCCAGAUCCGCACCCAUCUUGGUCGCCCGGUGCACGUCGCCGUUCUGGUUCUCAUCGGUGACCAUCAUCAGCAGCAGGCCCCACGACUCGCCGCCUUCAUUGCUUUCGAUGCACGCCACCUGGAGCAUGCCGAAGACAUUGUGCUCGGCUCACUGAGCCCGCUGCGAGAUGAGUUGCGUACGCUUCGCAGCAACAUCGGCUUGCAUUUGCCUCACUACAUGAUUCCCGUGCUGUACAUUCCGCUACUGACCAUGCCCUUGCUGCCUUCGGGCAAGACUGAUCGUGCUGCAUUGCAAAGACUCGGUGAUACAUCCCUCAGGGAACUGAUGCCACUCGCUACCCUCGAUAGCCCUGCUCCACACGCUAGUGAGCCUUGCGACCCCGAUGAGAUUCCGCUGGCGUCGCUGUGGGCUUCCGUGCUCGGGAUCCCUCUUGCAUCGAUUCAGCGUUGUAGCAAUUUCUUCGCCGUCGGUGGAGAUUCUGUUGCUGCCAUACGCCUCGUCGCAGCGGCCCGUAAGGAUGGAUUACGCCUCUCCGCCGAGAACAUCUUUCUCCAUCCGACACUGGGCGCCAUGGCGUGCCUGACACAAGUUGUGGACCGACAUGACUCCCUCGACGUCCGAGACGAUGGCACAAACAUGUCCGAAUUGCGACAAUACGCUUCCAAACUGUGCGAUGUUGAUGUAGAGUCUAUAGAAGACAUUGUACCUGCCACGCCCUUCCAGGUCGCAACGAUUGCUCUUUCCACGCGUACUCCCAGUGCAUAUGUUCGACGGUUGAGCAUGAAAAUUCCCGACUCAGUCGACAUCCAUCGGUAUCAAGAGGCUUGGCGUCGCAUCUACGAGACGGUGCCUACCCUUCGGGGACGCGUGUUCCAAACGCCUGACGGACAGUCGUACUUUGCUACUGUCCGUGAAUCGUUCAAGCUCCUUAUGUUMGACUCUUCAGCGGUGGACCGGCCAUCGAUGGGUGCUGGAACAGCCUUGGUAGAAUUCGCCGUUGUCGAAAACGAACGCAUUUUCAUGUGGACUGCGCAUCACGCAAUCUACGACGCCUGGAGCGAACGCAUGAUUCUCUCCUUGGUCGAGCAAGUCUAUCACGAUGGGAGUAACGUAAAGCCCAUUCUUCCUUCAUUUUGUCGUUUCGCCGAGUACUGCAAUCAAGUGACGCACGAUCCUGCUGCUGAACAGUUUUGGCAGGCUCAAUUUCACCAACAGAGCCCGUCGGCGCAGUUUCCGCGUACUCGCAGUCGACGUGAAGUUACAGUGGAUGCAAUCGCUGAUGAAACUGCUGCCUUGGCCAUGGGAAGCGCCCUGUCAGGCAUCACCGUGGCCACGGUUGUCCGGGUUGCGUGGGCCAUGGUGCUGUCUUGCUACUGUCAGAGCGACGAUGUCGUCUUCGGCGCCACCACAACCGGCCGUACCGCAUCUCUCCCAGACAUUGAUCAACUUCCGGGCUCGACACUAGCCACAGUUCCGGUUCGGAUUCGAGUUGACCCCGACCAGGGAGCGCUCGCCUUUCUGGGUGCCGUACAAGAGCAGGCUGCGCGCAUGACCCCUUUUGAACAAUUCGGAUUGCAGAACGUGCGCAGAAUUUGCCCAACAUCGGACCUUGGCGACCUAGGUACUCUUUUGGUUGUUCAGCCGCAACAAGACCGCUCUAGCUCCUGCAAGUCACUGGGAAUACCGCUCACAGAUGAUAGCUCGCGGCGUCCCGACUUUCACACCCUCCCCGUAACCUUGGAGUGCUAUGUGCACGAGAGCCAUGUGGAAAUUCAGGCACUGUUUGAUUCGGGACUCGUCUCCAUUGUUGCGAUGCAACGUAUGCUCCAAACUCUACAGGGUCUCAUCCAACAACUACACCUAGUCGCUGUUCAGGAAAUUGCAGACACCACAUUAUCCAGUCUACCACAUUUACCCAACGUGCAACUUGAAAAUCUCUGGACAUGGAAUGCCAUACUUCCCCCUUCCCAGGCAACCACGUUACAUGCUCUCGUCGCAAAUCAAGCGAUGAAGCGGCCCAACGACCCAGCUCUGGUGGAUCACCAUUCUACCUGGACCUAUGAAGAGCUCGAAACCAAAAGCUCUAUUCUGGCAUGCCGGUUGCAGCAGCAACUCGACAUUAAGCCUGGCGAUGUCGUACCGCUUUGUCUCUUCAAGAGUGCGAUGGCAAUCUGUACGAUGCUGGCUGUUCUCAAGUGCGGCGGCGCCUUCACCUCAAUACCAAUCCCAAACCAGGAAAGCUCCAUCACGUAUCCCACUUCCAGAGUUCAAGGCAUUCUUGAGGCUGUGCGUGCAGAGCGUGUGCUUUGUGACAGAGAGCUCGUUCCAUUUUGCACGAAAGACUUGGGUGUGCGAAUUGCCUUGGUACCACAAGACAUGAUCGAUAUUCUGAGCACAUCGGAUGUAUCUCACGAUUGGCCGGUGGAUCCCAACGCGAUAGCCUACAUUAUGAACACAUCGGGAUCUACCGGAGCCUCGAAAGGGGUACGGAUCGCGCACCGAGCAAUCUGCACAAGCACCCUKGCUCAAGGCCGUGCUCUCGGCCUGGGCCCUCAGACGAGGGGCUUCCAAUUCAGCGCUUAUACUUUUGACACCAGUAUCGCCGACAUUUUUACACCUCUUGUCAACGGAGGAUGUGUGGUUGUGCCUACUGAAUGGGAGCGGGUCAACGAUCUCGCAGGGAGUAUCACUCGACUCAAUGCAAGCUUCGCAUUUCUCACCCCAACCGUCAUCAAUACCCUAGCGCCAGAAGAAGUCCCAUGUCUCGAAAUACUGGCGUCGACUGGAGAGGCAAUCAACGAAGAGAUUGUUUCCAAAUGGGCGUCCCGAUUGCGUCUGUUCAACGCUUUCGGCCCUGCAGAGUGUGCCGUGAUAUGCACCAUCGCAGAAGUGCCACCGCACCUCAAGGACAUUCACAGCAUAGGUACAGCGACAGGGUCUGUGACAUGGGUUGUGGACCCAUCGAAUGUCAAUGUUUUGACGCCAUUAGGGGCCGUGGGAGAAUUGUGCAUCGAGGGAGCGAUCUUGGCUGACGGAUACUUGGAUGCCCCGGACCUGACCGCCGCUGCGUUUAUAGAAGGGCCUGCUUGGCUCUCAGAUGACACAGCACAUCGACAUCGCGGUCCCGAUGGAAGACGGGUUUAUCGCACCGGUGAUCUUGUCGUGUACAACGACGACAACUCCUUGAGCUAUGUUGGGCGUAAAGAUUCCGAGAUCAAACUCCGCGGACAGAAGGUCGACCUUGGAGAAGUGGAGCACCACAUCGCUGCAGAGCUUCCAGACUUACCCAUCGCCGUCGUAGCGAUUGACCACAAUCAGUCUCUUCAGAUAGUGGCUUUUAUCCAGACGGGGAUCGACGCCGACGCCGACCAGUCUGAAAACACACGGUUCGUUACGGAGAUGUCAUCCCUGUGUGAUCGCCUGGCUUCCAAAGUCCCGCUGUCGAUGAUCCCUUCCGCGUUUAUACCGCUGAAAUCUUUCCCGCGGUCAGAAGCGUCUCAAAAAACUGAUCGGCGAGGCCUCCGUCAACUCGCCGAGAGGCUGUCAGCCUCGGAGUACUCUAGUUUUCAGCUUCACUCUCAAGGUCUAGAGGAUGAGGUUCGCACCGAACCGGAACAGCAGAUGCUUAAUCUCUGGGCCCAGGUCCUGGGUGUGAAUCUGGACUUGUGCAGACGUCACGACAGCUUUCUCCGUGUAGGAGGAGACUCUGUUUCAGCUAUGAAACUGGUCUCUAUUGCUCGAGCACAUGGAUAUAUCUUGGACGUGAGGACUAUCAUCCAGCAUCCAACACUUGGGGACAUGGCCGCGAUGCUGCGAAAGAGUGAUCAUAGUUCGAGCCCUGCCAGUGUGAACUCGGCAGACUCUCGUCCUUUCCGCUUCGUUGAGGCUGAGGGCCUCGAAGCACUACGCGCGCGAGCGGCAGAGCAGUGCAGCGUCCCACCUGAGCGCAUAUCAGAUAUCUGCCCGUGCACGCCACUCCAGGAAGCCAUGUUCACAUCCACCUUGGGCAACCCGGAAGUAUACAUGUCGUAUAACCUCUUCCGCCGAAGCAGCCAAAGCUCGUCAACUUCCUCGCUACAUCGACUUCUGACUGCAUGGCGAACGACAUUCUCGGUGACCUCGAUCCUACGCACGCGGAUCGUGCAAAGCCAGGAUGGUCAUUUCUGGCAAGCGGUGUUGUCGUCAGAGUGCAGUCUUGACAUCGAAGUAUCGUCCAUAUCAGCUCAAACGUGGCUGAGCGAAACCAAGAACGAUCCUAUACUUCCUGGCACGGCACUUUUCCGAAUAGCGGUGUUGAAAGACGACGAGAUCGCAAUUUCGAUCCACCACUGUCUUUAUGACCCCUUUACAUGGUCCCUGAUUAUUCAAACUACGAAUGCCAGCUAUCUUGGGCGCCGGCCGCCUCCAUCCACGACAUUUGACCAGUUCAUCGCUCAUGUACUCGAACAGAAUGUGAGCGAGCGAGCGAGGCUCUACUGGAAGUCCAUGCUUCAUGAAGCUGUCCCGACCCCAUAUCCUUACUUUUCCUCUCGGGCUCUUUCGGAGCCUCGUGUUCGCUCCAGCGUAAAACACGUAAUCAGCCUCCUCCAGCACCAGCAGGUACGCGAUGUGCUGCCGUCGACAUAUUUCAUUGCUGCGUGGGCUCUCGUCCUCGGCAAGCGGGCGUCUGCGACUGAUGUCAUCUUCGGGACUGUCCUGAGUGGUCGGUCCAGCGCAGCAGGAGAUUUGGCAGAUGUCGCUGGACCUACCAUUGCAACGGUUCCCGCUCGCGUCAGAUGGAAUCCAGAAACACCAACUCGGAGUUUUCUGGCACAAGUGCAGUCAGACAUGGCCAACAUGCUUCCAUUCCAGCACUAUGGCUUGCAGAACAUUCGCAAACUCAUCCAGCCAACCAGUUGCACAUUUGAGAGUGUUCUUGUUGUUCAAGAUGCUGCUAGCCUAGGUGCACCAGAUCUCGUGGGCUACGAACCACCUGAAGAGCCUUCUACAGGCUUCCACACACACCCCUUGAACAUUGAGUGUAUUCUAAAUCCAGGCCACAACGCAGAGCUUCACGCACGCUUUGAUGAUACCAUCAUCACCGCUGAUGAAGUGCAGAUGCUCAUGAUGGAGCUUGGACAUGUCGUCCGGCAGCUGCGGAAGCACAGAGCAGAUGAGAAAGUGGAGGCCAUCGAGAUUAUUAGCCCCCAGGAAAGACAAAGCCUACUUAAUAAGAACAUGGAUUUGCCACUCGCAUGUGAACAGAGCGUAGCUCAAUUAUUCGAGCAACACGCCAAAUCGCGACCCGCUGCACCAGCGGUUCUGGCAUGGGACGAGAGCCUCACUUACAGCGAACUUGACCAGCUGAGUCACAGGCUGUCGCUCCACUUGGCAUCUUGCUGCGAAGAGAAGCAGGACACUACCUUUGUGGUUCUCGUGUUCGAAAAGUCUGCCUGGUAUGUCGUGGCACUCAUGGCAGCUUUGAAAACGCCUGGGUGUACGUUGGUUCCGACUGAUCCCGCCUGGCCGGAUAAUCGUCUCAUGGAAAUCAUGGAAAGGGUCGAAUCUCGACACAUCCUAUGUUCCGAAUCUAUGAGACACCGUCUCCAGUCCAUUGCGACGAGUCUUGAUAUCACUGCAGUACCGAAUCCAACAAUCCUUGGUCUGAGAGACUCUGGUCCCCGUACAUGGGUCCCUCCUAGUAUGAACAGCCUCGCAUAUACAAUCUUCACUUCUGGAAGUACUGGAAAACCGAAAGGAGCCCUGAUCGAACACUCGUCUCUAGCAACGAGCCUUUGUGUGCGUGGCCAAGCUCUUGGGAUCGGUCAUCACACCCGAACGUUGCAGUACGCCAGUCACGGGUUUGACGCCUCACUGGACGAGAUCUUGCUGCCUCUUGUACACGGUGGUAGCGUCGCGGUGCCGCAUUUUGACGAGAUUCGGGGAGACGUUGCAGCAAGCAUAGCGAAGUUUCACGUCAACUUUGGGUUUCUCACGCCUACUGUGGCCAGAACUCUGGACCAUGUCCAGCUGUCUUCACACUUGACGGACUUGGUUCUGCUCGGUGAGCCUUUGAAUGCCGAAGACCUGAGGAUGUGGAGGACACAUGUCGUGUUGUGGAACGGAUACGGGCCUAGCGAAGCGUCGAUAUGCGCCACUAUUCAGUGUCUGAGUGCACUKGAGGCUCCGAGUCCCAACAAUAUUGGCUUAACAUACGGGUGCGUCGCAUGGGUGGUCGACGAGUCCAAUCCUAGCCACCUGGUACCCAAGGGCUGUGUUGGCGAGCUAUGGAUCGAAGGUCCGAUUGUGGGCCGCGGGUAUCUUUCUGACAGCGAAGCGACUGCAUUUCCGCGAUCAGCACCCUGGCAAGGCCAUGCAGGUCCUCGGUCUAGGCGCCUGUAUAGAACUGGAGAUCUUGUUAAGCAAAAUAUGGAUGACAGUCUCACCAUCAUCGGCCGCAAAGACACGCAAACCAAGAUUCGUGGCCAACGUCUGGACAGCAGUGAGGUCGAGCAUCGCAUCCGCGCGGCCGGCUUUCCGCAUAACGCUGUCCAAGUCAUGCAGGUGGGCGGAGAUGGGCAGCGUCUUGUCGCUUUCGUGGGGAUGGGCAGGGGUGGCGAGGAUGUCAUCCUGCCCAUGUCCGUCGAACUGCACGCAAAGAUGCAAGACCUGAUGCGACAACUCGAAAGCGAUCUUCCGCGCCACAUGGUCCCCACCAUGUUUGUUCCUCUCACACGGAUCCCUGUUAACACCAAUGGCAAGACGGAUAGAAAAUUGCUGCAGACCCUUGCUGAAGACAUAUCACCCACGAAGCUCCGCGAAUAUCUGCUUCAAGGGCUGGGUCGUAAGGAUCCACCACGUAAUGCCACGGAAACCAUCCUGCGAGGCAUCUGGUCCACGCUUCUGGCUGUACCGGAGGAGGAGAUUGGCGUGAAUGAUGAUUGGUUUCGCGUGGGCGGGGACUCCAUCUCUGCGGCCAAACUUGCGCGGGCCGCCAAAUCUCACGGAUUGAGUCUGACAGUUGGCACCAUUAUGAAAUGCCCUAAGCUAUGCGAUAUGGCUGCCGCCAGCUCAUACGACCCGACCUCGACUGCCUCGUUGACCAUGAAUGACGAAACUCACGUGCGACCUUUCUCCCUGCUUGACGCCUCAAUGGUUGGCGAGCUCAGGGAGAGCGCCGCGCAGCAAUGCGCCAUAUCUCCCGACGACAUCAUUGACCUCCUACCCUGCAGUCCUAUGCAAGAAGGGAUGUUGGUAGGGUCAUUGCAGAAACGUCAAGCGUAUACCAACGUUUUGGCCUUUACACUGUCGCCGGAUAUUGAUUUGCAGCGCUUCCGCACCGCGUGGGACUCGGUCGUGGAAGCGAAUGACAUCUUACGGACCCGUAUCAUCGUGCAUAGUAGUGGCACCUUUCAAGCGGUCCUGCAUCCUUCCCUUACCAGAGCAAUAUGGGCCCAAAUGCAUGACUUGCCCUUGUCUGAACUCGGRAAACACUGGCAGCAGUGGCGAGAAACCCUGGGCCCUGGCUCUUGCUUGUCGCAGCUAUUCUUGAUGCAACACGGACAAUACUUUGUCUGGAUGGUGCAUCACGCUCUGUAUGAUGCACAUACAAUGCGUCUCUUCAWGGAGCAGGCGGCGAGCCUGUACGCAUCUUCCACCCCCAACACAUUGGUAUCCUUCAGCCGCUACAUAGCAUACAUGCAAGACAUCCAAGCACCAUCCAAGGCGUUCUGGGCUUCGUACCUCAAGGGGGAGACGAGCAGCACGUUCUCCUUCCUCACUCGACGCCCGGACUCCAAACCGGACAAAAUGCUGAGCAGGACCGUGCCAUGGGGCAAUCGGAAUCAUAGAGGAGCUAGUUCGGCAACAAUAUUGCGUGCGGCUUGGGCGAUCAUCUUGAGUGCCUACUACUACUCUGACGAUGUGUGUUGGGGAGUGAACUUGUCGGGCCGUGACGCCAACAUCCCAGGCGUGGACAGGAUCGCAGGGCCUACGAUUGGCACUGUACCGGUGCGCGUUCAGCUGCAUCGCGAGGAGCGUGUAGUCGACUACGUUACUCGUUUACAAGUAGAGGCUGCUGAGAUGAUUCCUUACGAUAUCGGGUUGCAGAACAUUGCCAAAAUCUCAUCAGACGCCGCUUCGGCUUGUGCGUUCAAUGUCCUCCAACUGAUAUCUAUUGAUGAAGACAACUCCUCCCAAUUUCCAGGAAUCAAUUCAUUCCGGACCUCACAUCUAAUCCCGGAUGCGGACUGGACCAAUCUGGACUAUGCUCUUGUGAUCGAGUCCGUCAUUCUCGCUUCUGAAGUCACACUAACCUUGUCGUUUGAUGAAUCCUGUAUGUGUAGCAGACAGGCGGAUGCGAUUUUGAUCAAUCUCGAAGCUGUUAUAUCCCAGCUCUCCACGGCGGAUGAGAACCUCCUCGUCAGCGACAUUCGCUUCAUUCCUGUGGAUCGCGUUGCGGAAGACGUGAUUGGUCUGGAACCUCAAAUGGCCACUAUUCCCGCCGAUUCCAUCCACUCCAUGAUUGCAGAUCGUGCACUUGAAACGCCUGACAAAGUUGCGGUUCAGGCGUGGGAUGGAACGGUAUCGUACGCAGAACUUCUUUCAUUGUCUACAAAGCUGGCCCUCUACCUGACCGAGGCAGAGCUYGUUAGACCGGAAGCCGUUGUCCCCAUUUGUUGUGAGAAAUCAAUACUCUACCCAAUUGCACUAUUGGCGGUACUUCAAACUGGGUCAGUCGCCAUGGGCCUCAAUGUGGCUUACCCCGAUCAGAGGCUGCGCGACUCGUGUGCAACUGUUGGGGCGAGCACCAUUAUCGCCUCGACGUCUCACGCUGCCCGCUUUGAGGGCAGCGUUGUCGAAUUAUCUUUGCUCUUCCUUCGACAGCUUCCAAUGUCACGAGAUAAUACUCUUUUCCCCCAAGUGCGGCGUAAUCAUGCAGCCCUCGCUGUCCUGACCAGCGGCUCUACUGGAGUGCCGAAGGCUACUUUACUGGAACAUGGGCACUACCUAGCCGGGGCAACAGCGUACGCUCAAGCCACAGGCCUCUCGGCCGACUCACGAAUGCUACAAUUUGCGAGUCACGCAUUUGACAUCUCUUUGCUGGAAAUUCUCGACACCCUCAUGGUGGGUGGUACGGUUUGUAUUACACAACAAGAAGCUUUGUUGGAGCGUCUGCCACAGACAUGCAUCGAAUACAAUGUCAACUUUGCGUGCUUGACGCCUAGCGUCGUGUCCGCUGGGCUCAAAGGGGCUGCAAUCCCUUGCUUGAAAACAUUAAUGCUUGCGGGUGAAAUGGCCACAAGAUCCGUCAUCGAAGAGUGGGCAGAUCAGCUUCAUCUGCACAACGGGUAUGCACCGAGUGAAGUGUCUCCCAUCAUAACCCUCCAGCCAGACCUCGCCCGAGAUGCUGAUCCCUGCAUCGUUGGACCUGUCAUCACAGGCAGAUGCGCCAUUGUAGCGCCGGACGAUACACGGGAGCUACCACUUGGAGCAGUUGGCGAACUUUGCUUUGCUGGUCCCACAGUCGGUCGCGGUUAUCUGGGUGAUCCCACACGCACUGCUCAGGUCUUUUCGGACGAUCCUGCAUGGGCACCUGGGCAGAGGUGCUAUCGGACGGGAGAUCUGGCUAGAUUGGAUGCUGAAGGCCGAGUGCACCUCGUAGGCCGUAAAGAUGAACAGCACAAAAUACGAGGUCAGCGUCUGGAGCUGGGAGAAAUUGAGCAAUGUAUGCGCAAGCUUUUGGRGCCAGGGGUGCAGUUGGCUGUGGAAGUCAUCCAACGGGAGGGGGCGGGUGCCACGCUCAUCGGCUUCGUGGGCUUGUCAGGCGGCUCGGAGAAUAAGCAACGGGGGAUGUUCCGCGAUCUCCAACGUCAACUGUCCCGUCAACUCCCCACCUAUAUGGUCCCGUCAGCCAUAGUUCCACUGCCAUCGGCACGAUUGCCGUUGCUACCCUCGGGCAAGGUGGAUCGAAAGGCGCUACGAAGCAUGGCGAGUGGUAUGUCCUCGUCUGAACUCUUCGGGCGCUCCGAGGAUGUGAUUGAGCCUCACGACUCUCCCCAAGGAAGUAAAGAAUGCAUCGUCGUGGAGGAGGUGGCAAAUUUGCUGGGCAUGAGCGUAGCCCAGAUCGGCCGCUCUGCCACUUUCCAAGAACUCGGUGGAGACUCGAUCAUGGCCAUGCGACUGGUCGCACGCUUACUUGCCCGAGGACUCCGCUUGCACAUGGCAGAUGUGCUGGCGCGAGAGCCUCUCCGCGCCCUUGCCGCCUCCAGCCGGGACGUAAGCAAUGGUAUGACGAACGGGCGUCAUCGUAAGGAGGAGGGGGAAGAGGAUGGGGCGGCGUUCCCACUUUCCCCCGUUCAGCGUCUGUUUGGACGAAUCCACACUCUUGGAGACAGCAGCCAUGUCAACCACUUCAAUCAAAGUGUAAUGCUGCAGGUUCCAGCGCACGUGACGAAAGCAGCCCUGGAAGGCGCACUAGCGGCGCUGGUACAGUAUCAUGCCGCACUUCGGACACGAGUGGACUUACGGGCGGGCUUACAAUCCGUGGCCGCGGCUGCGGUGGUCAAAGUGACGGUGCGAAGCGGUGAAGAUUCCCAUCAGGCCAUUUGCGCGACACAGAGAAGCCUGAAUCUUCAGCAUGGCCCCGUCUUCGCCGCAACCUUGCUAGAGCCGGCCGCCGUGGACCGACCCCGUCUGCUCUACCUCGUCGCUCACCACUACAUCGUKGACCUGGUGUCGUGGCGAAUCAUCAUCGAUGACCUGCGUCGCCUCCUCUGUCGUUCCUUCAACGGCCUUCUUCCCAAGUCGCAUUCUGUCUCUUUCCGCACUUGGUGCCUUGAGCAAGUGGAACAUAUAAAAGCCUCUCAGGACCUCCCAUCAUCAGCCUUAUGCAACUCGAUGCCGGCACCUGACGCAUAUCUCGACUUCUGGGGCAUAAAAGCCGCCGACAACGUCUACGGCCAAGUGGAACAGUUGCACGCCUGUCUCGAACCACAAUCGACUGCACUUCUUUUGGGCAAGACCAACCUCGCUUUCACUACCGAACCCAUCCAUAUCAUUGCCACCGCCCUCCUGCUGUCUUUCCUCCAAACCUUCCCACAACGCCAAGCCAUUACUGCCUUCUCGGAGGGACAUGGUCGUGAAUCGUGGGACCCGGAUCUUGAUGUUUCCCAGACAGUGGGUUGGUUCACGACUCUGUAUCCCAUCCAGGCAUGUGUUACCAAGGCUAGCGAAGAAGAGGACUUUGACAGCGUCCUUCAAUCAAUCAAAGACCAAAUGCACGGUACCUCACGCAACGGCGCAGACUGGUUGGCUCGGCAGAUACUAAGUGCUGAUGGCAUCACACUUCCUACGGAGAUCAUGUUAAACUACCUUGGCGCAGAUCGCGCAGAGUCUCGCGUGAAGGACGAUGAGACUCUGUCAGAACACCAUGCUAUGGAACUAGACCCCCUCCUCGAUGUCAGCCCCGAACUGGCUCGCAGCUCGCUCAUCGAUGCCAUUGGAGUGGUGAGAGAGGGUAAACUUCACCUGUCCCUCCACUUCCACCGGAGUAUGCAACAUCGCCAACUGAUCGGACGCUGGCUUGGGCGAUGGUGUCGACUGUUGGAGACAGAGGGGACUCGACUGGCUUCACAGCAGCGCAGACUCACUGCAAGUGAUUUUCCGCUGCUUCAAUUGUCCCAGGAUGAACUGAAUCAUUUGCAAGCCCAUGAACUUCCCACUCGCGAGCUGGCUCCGAUGGACGUUGAAGAUGCAUAUCCUUGCUAUGGAACUCAGCUUGGCAUUCUGAUCUCGCGAACCCGGAACGAGGCCGAAUACCUGGUACAAAUAGCAUUUGAGGAAACCAAUCCACACGCUAUCAAAAAGGAACAUCUGGAACGUGCAUGGCGUCAGGUGGUGGAGCGACAUGCAUCUUUGCGGACGUUCUUCGUCGAAGCAGCUUCCCAAUUCUAUCAAGUUGUGGUUCAGGCUGGGAGGGUCCGGGCGGAAGUGCAAUACUUUCAAAGCGAAGACGACUGCCUUGACACAGACUCGUUGGUGAAACGGUCUCCAGAGCCGUCUCACCACCAAGCUCUUCCGCACACUCUUACCAUAUGGGAAACCCCACGCGGCCUMUCGGUGGUUCUCAAAAUCAGUCAUGCCAUUGUGGAUGGUCAUUCAUUCAAUGUCAUCCUUCGUGACUGGAAGCUCGCAUAUGCAGGUCAACUUCAUACCUGUCCUCCAGCGUUGGGGUAUCGUCGACUCGUACAGCUGUAUCAGCAGCAGCAACAGCAAAAACAACAUAAAAAGCAGAAAGGAAGCCCUGGAUGCCCACCUGAACAACUUCCCGACAUACAGCCCUGCAUUUUCCCAUGCGUCCAUGAUGCGGGUUCGGUCAAAUCCACACUUGACAGCAUUGACCGAAGCCUGGGAGUUACCGACUCUCAACGAUUGACUGCUUUUUGCAAGACCCGUGGAGUGACGGUGGCGGCUGUAGCACAGGUAUGCUGGGCGAUCGUUCUUCGCAUAUACACCGGUUCACGCAAACCUGUGUUUGGGUUUCUGCACUCUGGACGUGAUGCCGACUUGCCAGGCGUACAGGACGCGGUCGGAGUCUACAUUCGGAUGCUAGUAGCUCAAGUCUCGCUGGAAUCUUCCGAUAUGUCUCUGGUUGAUGUGCUAUCGAAAUCAUACCAGCAGUUCCUGGACAGGAUUCGWGGCUCACAAUCACUGAUACACGUAUCACACGAGUCGGGAACCUCGCAACUUUUCAACACAGGCCUUUCGGUGGCAUAUUCGAGUGACAGCUUGGCCUCUACGUCGGACGACUUUCUAGAGCCCAAAUUCUCACGCGAUCCUACGGAGUACGACUUGGCGGUCACAGUCGACACCUCUGAAUCACUAACAAACGUCACACUCUGCUUUUGGAGAGAACGAAUCUCCUCACAUCAGGUUGAGGGUGCUGCGGAUGUGUUCUUGCGCGCUCUUCGCAGCCUGCUCGACGCACCAGCUCAGUCUGUGGACAGGCUUGUCAACACCAUAUCAAUGCCUUUCAAUCCUAUCAAUGCCGUACCUCGUGCUGUCAACGCGACCAUCGUCGACCUGGUGUGUUCUCGGGCGCAUAAGACCCCAGGGAUGCGUGCCGUUCACAGCUGGGAUGGAACUCUCACAUACCACGAACUUGACGAACUCUCGGAGCAAGCUGCUGCUAUCCUGGUCAAGUUUGGCGCAGGCCCCGGUUGUAUGAUUCCUCUCUGCUUUGAAAAGUCCAUGUGGAGCGUGGUCGCAAUCAUUGCAAUACUCAAGACCGGCGCUGCCUUUGUGCCACUGGACCCUUCACAUCCCCAACAACGUACUGAUGCAGUGCUUAGAUGCGUCAAUGCAAAGAUUGGUGCUGCCUCGUCCGUCUGUGCGGCAAGACUCCGACAUCUCGUCCCUAAUACGGUCAUCCUCGGGAGGGAAUCGCUGGCUGGGGCCAAGGGCAUUGCAACCUGGCAGGAUCGACGGCCAAAGCCUUUCCCUCUCGAUAGUCUGGCGUACGUUUUAUUCACCUCUGGUAGCACGGGCGUUCCCAAAGGCGUCAUGAUAACCCAUGGAGCUCUGAGCAGCGGCAUCUCGCAUCGUGCCGAACCCAUGGGGUUUACGGAAGGCUGUAAUGUUCUUCAAUAUGCAUCAGCUGCAUUCGAUGUUGCAGUGGACGAAAUUUUUCUCACUCUCAUCUCUGGUGGCUGCGUGUGCGUGCCCUCAGAGCAGGCUCGUCUGGAAGAUCUCGRGAACACCAUGGCGGCUAUGCAGGUAGAUAUUGCCAUGUUGACCCCCUCCGUAGCACGACUACUCGUUGGCACUUCCUUGACCACCCUUCGACACCUCAUACUUGGUGGCGAGCAUGUAUCCAAAGAGGACAUUGCUACCUGGUCCACCCGUGUCGAGCGGCUGGAUAUUGUUUACGGACAGACAGAAUGCACUGUUGUCUCGACGCUUGAGUCGCAUGUGCGUAAUCCCAUGCUCUCCGGAUCCAUUGGAACCCCACUUGGAUGCAUGGUUUGGCUCGUCGAUUCGGACGACCCGAACCGCAUAGUCCCACCAGGAUGCAUAGGAGAGAUGCUCAUCGAGGGGAGCAUUCUAGCAGCCGGAUAUCUGGCCGACGAGAACAAAACGGCAGCUUCAUUCAUCACCAAUGUCGCCUGGGCCGGUCCCGAGCGACGCAUGUUCCGUACGGGUGAUCUGGCUUUCCGGGACCCCGAAAAUAAGCUUCGUUUUCUUGGUCGCAAAGAUAGUCAGCUGAAGUUUCAUGGUCUACGUAUAGAGCCAGGCGAAGUGGAAGCAAGCGUAUCGCAAUUAUGGCCAUCGAAGUGCGGACCCGUUGUCGUUGACACUUUGAAGCGAGGCAAAGGACAGAUCUUGACAGCAUUCGUUUGUCAAGCACCUGCAGGGUCGAACCAGCGCCAGCAGAUGAGCGAUGGUGGUGACUUCUUCGCCGAAGCUACAGCCUCUUGCACCAACAAGGCCCGACUCGUCUCCGAGCGACUCCAUGAACGGCUUCCGCCGUACAUGGUUCCUAGUCUGUUCAUUCCUGUUCAGGCUAUGCCGCUGCUGGCAUCCGGGAAGCUUGACAGAAGGCGUCUGAAAGAAGCUGCGGAAAGUUUAACAACCGAUGCUAUGUCGAGCUUCUUCCUCAAGCAAACCCACGAGAGCGAGCCCCUGACUACCAGCGCAAGAACAUUGAAAAACUUUUGGAUCGAAGUCCUCGAUAUCCCUGGUCAGGCGGUUGGGAUGCACGAUAACUUUUUCCGUGUCGGUGGUGACUCCUACGCCGCACUCCGAUUGGCAGCCAUAGUACGCAAGGCUGGGUUCUCGCUUGCCGUCGCAGCUAUUUUCAAAUCACCUGUUCUCUCCGAUAUGGCGCUCCUGAUGCAGGCUACUGAGAUCGAUACCGGCAGCCGUACAGAAGAGCGAAGAGAAAUAGCAUCUGCCAGCGACAACGGCGGAGUCCAAUCGGAGCUUCACGUUCAGGUAGCCAAGGAUCUCGGCGUGCAUCCACAGCAGCUCGAGACGGUGUACAAGACGACUGACUUCCAAUCCUGGUGCUUGCGAUGCAGUGCUGUGGACACCCGCGCAUAUGUCACAUACUUCCCCAUCCGCAUCCAAGGCUCGCUCGAAAUCAGUCGACUCCAAAAAGCACUGACGCUCCUCAUCGAAAGCAUACCUCUGUUGCGUACCGUCUUCGUGCGGCAUGACAAUCACUUUGCUCAGGCUGUAUUGUCUGAUUCCGAAGGCUUAGCAACGCUGACCAGGUACUCCUCCUCGGUUGAUGAUGAGAAUAGCCUGCUUGAAGCUGCCCGCCAUUCGGCCGACGCCCAUCUAAAAGCUAAUCCGUUCUGUCACGGCGAACUUGUCACUAGCUUCGUCCUCGUGGAAGGAGACCGACAAAAGACAGCACCCUCACGCGCAACUGGAGAGAAUCAUGUACUACUGAUACGACUGUCGCAUGCACAGUACGACGGAUUUUGUUUCCCGACCUUGAUACACCGUUUACGUGCCAAGUAUACUACCCUACUUCAGGAAAAGUCGACCUCCCAACAAAGCUUUCAAGAUUAUGUUGGCAGACUUGAGGCUUGCCGUACUGCCGCGAGAGUGUAUUGGGCACAGUUACUGCAGGGCUUGGCGCCAAUGAGUUUAACACCAACACAUCCGACACAUGAUCAACCCAUGCCCUUCCCAGACACUUCCUUUGAUUUUGAGGUGCCCAUACUCUCACCUGGACCUUGGACUGCGCGACCAGCUUCAAUCAUUCAGCUCGCCUGGGGUCUAGCACUGGCUCGGGUCUUGCGUAGGUCCGAUGUGAUGUUCGGCCUCGUCACCGACGGCCGCGCCACUGGACCCAGCGCGCUAUCUGACGAUGACCUCGAUGACGACCCCCUCUUCGGUCCAUGCGUGAAUUACAUUCCUGUUCGAACGACAUUUCCACCCGAACCCGCUCCCUCACCUUCCAUCCUGAACGAAGUGGAGCGUCAGUAUUUCGAUUCCCUUCCCUUCCAGGGCGUCGGUGUCGAAUCUAUGCAAUUCAGCUCAAUUCUACAAUACCAAGGCUUCAGCGUGGAAAACGAAUGCGCUGCACCCACAGAAACGAGCCCGGUGGAAUUUUCACUCGGCGGUGCUGGUGUGGGACAGCAUAGUCGACAUUUUGCUGGAAUUACUGGCCUGUUCGUUGUCGUGGAACCGCAACCGCAGGUGUCUAGGUCUCUUUCUGGAUCUCAAGUACCUGAGUCUUUUGUGGUUCAUUUUUCGUUUUCGACUCAAAUGCUUCAGACACGGCGCGUGGAGGAGUUUCGGGAUGCGUUUCGGGAGGCUAUACAAGAAGUGCUUGGUAUCGCUACUGAUGCUAAGUAG